AUGAAAUCCGGUACUUUAGCUGCUUACAAAACCCUCAGAUACAACACAUUAUUGAACAACAAGAGACAAGCUAGACUUGAAUCACGUUCAAAGCCAAGAUACAUUCCUGAUAUUCUUGUUCCUGGUGCUACUCCUCCUUCACCCCCAGUUCCAACAGAACCUGAAAGAGAUUAUUUCCUCAAAUUUGACUACAUGGUUAAGCCUUUAGAUAAUACUAGCUCAAAUGGUGCUUAUACACAAUUGGCAUAUGGUGAAAGUUUCCUUAAACAAUUUGGUAGAUCAAAUGCUCCAUUCCAUUCCAAAUUAAACGCAUUAUUUGGUUCUUCAAGGGUCUCUAUGGAUAUUGCAACUUUUGAAAUUGUUCCAAAACGUCAUAUUAAUGAUCCAUUUGCUCAUGAAAGAAGUCAAGUCAUUAUGAUCAUUAAGAAUAAGGAUUAUGAACUUGAUGAUGUUCUUGAAAGACUUCUCUGUUUUCCAAAUAGUCAAGUCAAUGAAAUUAGUUCAAUUUUCAAUCAAAAUAAAUCAAAAAAAGCUGGUAUUGAUUUUACAUCUACAUCUUCCCCAGAUUUUAUGUUUUUCAAUUCUAAACCAGAAAAUUUUGAGAUUGGAGAGCUUGUUCAUUUCCUUGAUGUUCAUAGUAAUGGAAUCAAAUGGGAAUCAAAACAUUAUUGGAUGCUUGCACCAUUAAUUACAACUGAUAAAUCACAUUUCCAUAACUGUGAUUCAUCUCGUGAUUUCAUCAUGGUUAUUGAUGAAGAUGAAAGUGAUGAUGAAUGUUCUUCAGUUGAUAUUCCAGAACUUUUCAGUUCAGCAUUUGAAAAAACUCAAUCAAUUGACUAUUGGAAUUUCUUUGUUGGUCAUAAUAGUGAUUUAGAUGACUUCUGA